AAACACGAAAAUAUCACUAUUCUGGCUACUCUUGUAAGCAGUUACAUAUCGAUUUUUUUUUCUUUCAUUUUGGUUUCGUCUUACUAUGCUGAGAAGCGAACCGAUGUCAAAAUUAGGGAUAAAGAACCGAAGGUAACCGAAUGUCACCUAAAGUUAGUUUACGAUAAAAUAGUAAACGUGUUUUUUGAAAGUCACAUAAAAAAUCACACGUGCGGCAAAAAAAUCAAAAGGCCCGCCGAAAUAGACCAGGAAGUGAAGUGGUUCAUGCUCAUUUCAGGUCAUAGUGAUAAAGCUACUAGAUCGUAGAUCUUUUUUUGUUUUAAAUUGGAUAUUUGUUUUAAAGGGGAUAUGCGGCAGAUAUAAAUGUUCUGAACUUCGUGCAUAUCCACUAAACAGUACGCCGCAGGGUGUCCGGGCUCUUCCUUGGAGAUAGGGUGAGAGGUUCGGAUAUCCGGCAGAGUUUCAAGUAGAACCGCUGGUUCUCCACGUAAAAAGGAGCCAUUUGAUGUGGUUUGGACAGCCAGCGCGGAUGCCUCCUGGGCGGCUACCCGGAGAGGUUUUCCGUGCAUGUCCUACAGAGAGGAGAAAGCGGGGCGGACCCAGGACGCGCUGGAGGGAUUGUAUCUCUCGGCUGGCCUGGGAUCGCUUCGGCAUCCCCGGUGAAGAGCUGGUAGAGGUAGCUGGGGAGAGGGAGGUCUGAGUACCUCCUGAAGCUGCUAACCUAGCGACCCGAACCCCGGAUAAGCGGAUGACGUUACCUCUGCACCCUAAAGUGACCGAACGUCCCACCCUCCUGUACACUGCAGAGUCAAGGGAACGAUGGAGCUGAGCAGCAAGAAGCUUCACCCGUUUGUUUCCGAGCUGAGGAUUGUGCUCUUGGGGGAGGAUGCAAACUCGGUGGGAAAUUCCAUCUUGGGCAGAGAGGCUUUUGAGACUGGGCCCACCUGCUCCCCAGCACCACAGCACUGUGAGAGAGCCAGAGGCGUGGCUGCAGGCAGACGUCUUGCUGUUAUUAGCUGUCCGGACCUGAUUACGCUCAGUCCCUUGGCACAGACUCAGGUGAUAGAAAGUUGCUUCUUCCUGUCCUCUCCUGGGCCUCAUGUACUUCUGGUGGUGCCGAAGCUUGACAACUUUACGAGGAAGGAUUUGACGAGAGUUAAGAGAAUCCUUGCAUAUUGGGGUGACGCUGCAGUGAAUCAUACAAUGGUGCUUGUCUCAGAUUCUGCCCAUAAGAACAGUGCUGUGCAGCAGUUAAUCAAAGACUGUGGAGGGCGAGUGCAUGAACUCAGUGCCAGAUAUAUGACUGAGACCAGACAGGUGGCUCAGCUUGUGGAGAAAAUGGAGCAGAUGGUGAGGGAGAAGGAGGGACAGUACCUCAGCCCUGAGGACUGCCAGGAGUCCAAUAUACAGGUGGAAGGCAUGCAGGAUGCCGUUCCACCUGAAAAACGAAAAAAACAGCAGGAUGAAGAGAUAGCUGGGAAGUCAAGCUCACAUGGACAGCCGGAAAGUGUAAAAUCUGGUUCUUCCUCUGCCGAGGAUUUGAAGCAAGACAUCUGGACCUUACCAGAGUACAAGACCUGCCUUCCGGUAACCUGUGGGAACGAGAACGGGAUUCUUUACCGAGACAAACUGGCUUUAGGGGAGACCUGUAUCCUGGUAGGAACACGCUGGUUCACUCCCCCUGGGUUUGAGGUGUUCGGUGGAAAGAAGAGUUCCAAGAACUGGAAGAAAAGCAUUCUGUGCGAAGACACCACUCUGCAUGAACUGAUCCAGGAUGGUCAUUUGAAGACCUUUCCUCGAUGGCGUGUAGAUCCCAGUCAACAUGAGCAGGGCAGGAAGAAGUCACCCACCCAUCGCCGCUCGCGAAGCUUGUCACCAGACUUCAGAGAGGAACCCAUGCAGGUGAAAGACAAUGGAGAUGAUAAUGAAAAUGCAGAACAGCAGAAAGAGGUAGAUCUGUCAGCCUUUAAGGGGAACCUCCUUACAGUCACUUGUGGGUCCUCUCAAGGGAUUCUACAUAAGCAUCGCUUCGCCACUGACAAUUCAGGAAAGUGCAUACGAACAGAAAACAAGUGGCUGACCCCUGUGGGUUUUGUGAAGCAGGAGCUAAAGUUGACUGACCCCAACUGGAUGAAGAGCAUCUUGUGCUUGGGGAUCCCACUCAAAUUUCUCAUUAAGAAGCAGGUCUUGGUCUUGCACUCCCUGCUUUGCGAAUGCCGUUUCUGUAGCACUGAGGAGGACGAUUUGAAGAACCAGGAGAACGAUGACAAUUGCUUCAUAUGCGAUGACGAUGACGAAUUGGUGUGCUGUGACUCCUGCCCCCGCUCCUUCCAUCAUAAAUGCCACAUUCCCACACUGGAUGUUGAAACACUGGGGGACGAAUGGAUAUGUACAUUUUGCGUGAUGAAGUCCAGUCAGAAGUGGCACUAUCCUGCACAGAUGUCCUAUGAAACAGCCCUGCAAAAACCCAUCGCAGACUAUGUGCUGCAUUGCCAUUACCUCCUCCUGUUUCUCUACGAGGAACACCAGAAGCUCUGUUAUAUGGUGAAAGGCUGCAAGGACGUCCGUAAAAAGCCCACGUGGUUGGACAAGGUUGUUAAUGCGCUGCAAAACAACCACUACUCUGCGGUUGGUGAUUUUGUGUCUGACAUUCAGCUCAUUUUCAGCAACUCCUCCUCAUCCAGCUGGGGUACCUUUGGUGAGCCAGGAGCCAAGCUCAAGGAUACAUAUGAGGAAGAGUUGCGAAAAAUCUUCAAAAUUCAGCUGAAUUGCUAAUGGUGAUUUAUAAUUUGUAGCUGUUUAACACCGACAGGAUUCAUGGUGUUCAUGUGUUUCUUUUAAUGACAGCAGUCAAUAUAACAACUGAACUAAACAUCAGAACAUUUCUUUUUAUGACAAUUACCCACAAAGUUUGCAGCUUUUUGAUUUUAUUUUCUGUAUAGUGCCAGAUCUCAACAGAAGUCAUUUAAGGUUACCUUUCCUAGAGAACAGGUUUGUACAUUGUCCUUUUAUUAAACAAACUAAAUACCCUUAUGUUAUUUAUCUUAUUUACACACAGCAGACACGUGUGCGCACACACAGGUGGAUCCUUAAGUAUCAAUAAAAUAUCGUCAGCAUAUAGUAUUAACUUGUGUUCCUUCCCUGACAUUUUUACUCCUUCAGUGUCUGGGUUCAUUCUAAUCAUGGCUGCCAAUGGUUCCAGAAAAAUUGUAAAUAAUAGUGGAGAAAGAGGACACCCCUGACGAGUUCCCCUUGUUACCUUAAAGUAUGAUGAGAUUAUACUGUUUGAUUAUGCUGUUGGCUUUCUCUGCAUCCAGGGAAAGUACUGCUGCUGCGAGGGUUUGGGCAGAUGAGUACUGCACCACAUAAGGUGUAUCAAUCCUCUCAUGUCAGAUGAAGAUCUGCCUAUGACAAAUCCCACUUGAUCCAUAUGAAUAAUGCUUGGUAAUACUUUUUCUAAACAUGUAGCUAAAAUUUUUGACAAAAUUUUACUAUCUACAUUAAUGAGCCUCACGGGCCGGAAAUUGGAAGAUGGAUCAGUCACAUCUCGGUCUUUUUUAGGAAGUAGCGAGAUUAAAGCUUCAUGAAGGGUGUCAGGUAAUAAUCCCUUUUCAAGAGAUUCUAAAUAUACAUUUGUCAAUAUAGGUGUUACUAUAUCCAUAUGUUUCUUGUAAUAUUCCACCGGAAAUCCAUCCGCACCUGGAGAUUUUCCUACUUUCAUAGAUAAUAGAGCAUCUCUAACCUCCUUCUGAGGUACUGGUGUGUCUAACACUGACCUGUUCUCAUCUCGUCUGUGGCAAGUUCAACUUGGUAAAAAACUACUGAAAGUCCUCCUGGUUUAGAAUAGUUUGUGAUGUAUAAAGAUGUUCAUAAAACUGUCUAAACACCCCAUUUAUUUCUUUCUUGGUAGACACCAGCAUGUCCCCACUUCUUAUAGCAGGGAUUAUAUUACAAGCAUCCUGCUGUUUGAGUUGUCGAGCUAAUAACUUGCCUGCCUUCUCCCCUCCUUCAUAAUACUUCGUCCUUAACCUGAAAAGCACGUGCUCCACCUUUUUGUUGUAUAUUCUGUACAAUUGUAUUUUACAUUUACACAGAUCUUCAUACUUUUUUUCAGAAUAUGAUCUUGCUAACACAUUUUCCAGCAAACAGAUUUUACCUAUUAUUACCUACCUGUUGUUUUAGAUGCCUCCCACACUGUUGCCAACUUCUCUGUUGAUCCUAUAUUAAGCUCAAAAAAUAACUUCAGGUCCUUAGCCAGAAAACCACUGAACAUUUCAUCCUGUAGCAUUGUGGUAUUCAUCCUCCAUCUUCCCCUUCCCUUUGCUUCAGUAUUAAGGUUAAUAUUCAUUUCAACUGACGCAUGAUCCGAUGAAGAACCAAUGCAGUGCAUAGAACCAAUUUUGCAAGCCAUGAUCUGUUCAACCAUGGGCUUUGAAAUCAAAAAAUGAUCUAUCCUGGAGUGUGACGUGUGGCAGUGGAAAAACAAAGUAUACUGUCUUUCAUUUGGGUAUAUCAAUUGCCAAAUAUCAACUUGGGUCAUGUCUUCAAUUAGCACGUUUAUAGCAGCCCUAUCUCUAGGUAUUAAGGUCUGUUAAUUCAAACUUGGAUUGAGAGUAUCCUCUAUAAACUGAUUAAAAUCCCUUCCUAAA